CCUCAUUUGAAGAAGUGUUUUGAGGGUAUUGCGAGACUUGAGUUUGACUCUAAGUUAGACAUUCAUGCUAUGUUUAGUAGUGAGGGUGAGAGAGUACAGAUGGCAAAUUCAAUCUCGACGUCUGAGGCUCGUGGAGCGGUAGAGAAAUGGUUGUUACAGGUGCAGGAUACUAUGUUUACUGUCCGUGUGAUGUGGUUCAGAUCUGCUCAUGAGGCAUAUGCCAUUGAACCAAGAACAAACUGGGUCAUAGACUGGCCAGGUCAGGUGGUGUUGUGUGCAUCACAGGCAUACUGGACUCGAGAGGUGCACGAGGCUAUCCGUGCCGCACCAACAGGGCUUAAGGACUAUUGGGAUGUUUUACAGAAACAGCUUGGGGACGUUGUAGAACUUGUACGUGGCAAACUGACUAAACAGGCUCGAACCACUCUGGGUGCCCUCGUUGUAAUUGAUGUGCAUGCCAGAGAUGCUGUGAUGGAGCUGGCGGAAAAAGGUGUUUCUAGCGAGAAUGACUUUAAUUGGUUGGCACAUCUAAGAUACUACUGGGAGGACGACAACAUGAUUGUGAGGAUCACAAAUGCCACAGUAAAAUACUCGUAUGAAUACCUGGGUAAUACAACACGUCUUGUCAUUACACCUCUCACUGACAGAUGUUAUCGUACUCUUGUCGGUGCCUUCCACUUGAAUUUGAACGGAGCUCCGGAAGGUCCAGCCGGAACUGGUAAAACAGAGACGGUGAAGGAUUUGGCCAAGGCAUUGGCUGUACAGUGUGUGGUGUUCAACUGCUCAGAUGGUCUCGAUUACAUUGCUAUGGGAAAGUUUUUCAAGGGGCUUGCAUCAGCUGGUGCAUGGGCUUGUUUUGAUGAGUUUAACAGAAUUGACCUUGAAGUGUUGUCUGUCAUUGCCCAACAGAUUUUAUGCAUCAUCAGAGCUGUACAAGGUAAACUAGAUGUGUUUGUGUUUGAGGGAACGGAAUUGAACCUGAAUCCACAGUGUUAUGUUAACAUUACAAUGAACCCCGGUUAUGCAGGUCGGUCCGAACUUCCGGACAAUCUCAAAGUAUUAUUCAGAACUGUAGCUAUGAUGGUACCGGACUAUGCUAUGAUUGCCGAGAUCUCGCUGUACUCGUUCGGUUUCCUGGAAGCAAAGGCCUUGUCAGUAAAGAUCGUCACUGUAUACAGACUGUGCUCGGAACAGUUAUCAUCUCAGUUCCAUUAUGAUUACGGCAUGAGAGCCGUAAAAGCUGUGCUCUCCGCAGCCGGUAAUCUUAAACUGAAGUACCCAGAUGAAGAAGAAAAUAUUCUGUUGCUGAGAUCUAUCAUUGAUGUCAACUUACCAAAGUUCUUGUCUCAUGACAUUCCACUUUUCAAUGGUAUCAUCUCUGACUUGUUCCCGGGACUUUCCCUGCCGGAAGCCGACUACGAGAUCUUCUUAAAGGCCAUGGAGACCAUAGCAGAAAAGAAGAAUUUACAGUUUGUCAAUUUCUUCAAAGAGAAGAUUAUUCAAACAUAUGAAAUGAUGAUUGUCAGACACGGUUUCAUGUUGGUUGGUGAACCGUUUGGGUGUAAGACUAUGGUGAUAGAAACACUGUGUGAAGGAAUGACCUUGCUUGAAUGA